AAUUCAGAGAAACAUGAGCACCAAUUACGGAGGUUUUAAAGGAAUAGCUACUGAUAGUUGGAAGAAACGGGAUGAAAAGAAGAUGCAUACAUGCCCAAUCUGUAGAAUAGAAAUUCCCAAUCAUCCUGCGAGCAUUAGUAUUCAUGAAAAAUAGCGAGGCUCAUAUCCAAAUGAGGAACGAAAUUCUAGAUAAUGGAGGAAAGAGACCGAAAUAACUCCCAGAUCGAGGCUUAUCAGAAAAUGCAGAAUUAUGAUGAUGAGCUUUAUAAGAUAGAACAAGCAGCUGCUGAAUCUUUCCUAUCUAAUGACAACAAGUUUGGAGGAAGCAAAAUUGGGGACCAACUUCGGUCAUUUGUUGGAACCAGGAACACUGUUGACAAUCUCGGUUAUAACAAACCACAGGAUGAUGACAACAACUUUUCUGUGGCUCAGUUACAAAAUGAGCCUGUAUGGUCAUCCCAUAUGGAUGCUAAGACUGGCAAAAUGUAUUACUUCAACAGGAAAACUAAUAAGAGUGAGUUCAAAAAGCCAAAGGAUUUUGAUGGUGUUGACAUCAAGAAAAGCACUGAUAAUGAAUAUACCAGAACUUUUCAGACCUUCGAGGCUACUCCACUAGAUGAAGAACCCAGAGCAGGACCUGUUGGCGUAGGCAAAGCUGGACAGUGGGAAGAAGUAUCACCUGAGGACAAUUUCUUCACUCAGAAUGCGGUAAAGGAAGAAGAUAAGGAAGAAAAACCUUCAAAUAAAAUCCCAGAAGGAGAGAUUUGUGGGGUACUUUCCCUUGAUCCAUCUAAAUAUCCAGAUGGGAAAACAGGUAAAAAGAGAGAUGAAAAAGCAGAAGCCAAAUCAAAGGAAGACGAUACAAUGAUUAAUGAGAAAGACAAGUUGACCCUCUUAAGAUCUAAGGUUGAGAGAGGGAGGAUUGAUGAACAGUAUAGGCAAGCAUCUUAUAAAGGAAGAGGAGAGCUCACUAAAGCUCUCGGUAGGGUUUCCACUAAGUUCAAGAAGAGGAAGAAAAAGAAUAAGAAGAAACAAGCCCUAGAUGAUAAGGAAUAG